GAGAAUGCUGCAACUCGGUGUCGAGCCAGAACGGUUCGACUCGCUGCAAGGGCAACCGCUGGAUGGGCGCUGUCUGCUGCGCGAGGCCAGGGAGAAGGCGCUCAAGGCCAGCAAGGAGAAGACCGGCAAGAAGGAUGUGGCGGGCUACCUGAACCUGAUGGCGAACUCCAUCGACAACUUCACUCACGGGCUGGCGGUGGGCGGCUCCUUCCUCGUCGGGUUCCGCGUCGGCGUGCUCACCACCUUCGCUAUACUCGUCCACGAGAUCCCUCAUGAAGUAGGAGACUUCGCUAUCCUGCUGAGAAGUGGAUUCUCUCGCUGGGAGGCGGCUAAAGCGCAACUGGCGACAGCCGCAGCUGGUCUGAUCGGCGCCAUGACAGCCGUUAUAUUCAGUGGAGCUAGGAACUCUAUUGGUAAGUACUUUUUGAUAUUUUGACUUUUUAUAUACAGCUAAUCGUUGCAUUUCGUUAUAGGGAGAUAAAUCGAACAAUUUUCUCCGUUGAUUCGUAAAGCUUUUCUUACUUACUGCAUAGCAUAUUUUUAUAAUAACUAUCAUGAAAAUAAAUCGUUAAUUAAUGAUGCAAAGGCUUAUUCACGAAUAUUUGUCGGAAUCGCCCUACUAGUUUCUGAACUAAUCAGACCGUCAGCGACCGUGCAUCUCACUACGUAGCGCCGCGAGAGUGCUCGGACAGGUGGAGGGGGCAAGGGGGCCGUUCUGCCGGACAUCCUCAAUAAAAACGCGUGAAU